CCCGAGCAUCAAUUGUCUCCUCGUAGCUUUCUAGUAGUUUAUCAAUGGGGAAUUCUACCUGACAGUUUUUUUUUUUAAUCUAAUGUGCGAUUCUCAGUUCCGCUCCGGGUUUUAACGUCUCUUGAUAACAGCGGAGGAAGUGUUGCGCCCACAUGGGCAGUGUUCUGGCUUUGUCUUCCAGUCCGGGCCAUCCGAACUGGCCUUUCUCCACGGACCCCCCUCCUUCUCACUGGAACGCACAUCCUGCUCACUGGGACAGCCCGCCACGCUGGGAGAGGAGAGAUGGCCGCCUACCAAACCCAGGCAGCUUUCACUCUCUCCACAGGAGCUGCAAAGAUGUUUUUCCUCAACAGAUUGAGGGAGUCAAGAUGAUCCUAAAUAAAACUCUGAGCAGCUUUUUCAAGGCCAGUCAUACUCUCCACCUCAGUGCUGUUAGUUCUUCGUACUAUCGUUUCCACGUAGAGCACCUGCAGUCUGAUGAUUACAGCAAGGACAAGGAUGCCCCAGCAUUGAUCGGUGAAAUGGACUCUUCAGGCAGUCUGAACGCUCACGCUCUGCUGCAUCUCACUGAGCGAGUACGAGCCAGGACAGUGUUUCAGACCCAGCAGUCCCAGUUUGUAACGUGGCAGUUUGAAACUGAGUACAGAGGGAGCGACUUCACUGCCGCUGUGACAGUAGCCAAUCCUGAUAUCCUCAGAGAGUCAGUUAUCCUUGUGGCACACUUCCUUCAGAGUGUGUCUUCUGGGCUGGUUUUAGGAGGGGAGCUGGUUUACCAUCGGGGCCGAGCAGAGGAAGGAGGGAUUCUUACUCUGGCUGGACAGUACUCAAGACCCAACUGGGUGGCGACGCUGAAUGCUGGGAAAGGAGGUGCCCAUGCUAGCUACUAUCAUAGAGCCAACAAACAGAUCCAAGUCGGGGUGGAGUUUGAGGCCAGUACCAGGACACAGGAGACCACAACUUCAUUUGGGUACCAGAUGGAGCUCCCAGAGGCCAACAUGGUCUUUAGAGGUAUGAUUAACAGUCGGUGCAUAAUAGGAGGCGUGUUGGAGAAGCGCCUGACCCCGCUCCCUGCCACCCUGAUUAUGGGUGCCUUUGUAAAUCACAGAGGUGACAAACUGCAAGUCGGCCUAGGAAUCAACGUGGGAUAAUCGUCCCCUAACGUCUGCUGGAGUGACAGCUCGCUGUCAAGACAUCCAUCCAGAGACCUGUUUCAGAGGCAUCAUAAUAGCCCUAUCCUUCUGGGUAAACCACUUGAACCACCUGAGUAUCGUGGAUUGUUUGGAUGUUGAAGCUGAAAAUUGGGACUCAAAAUGGAGGUGAUGUUGUCUGAUUGGACUAAACAGAUGUGUUUCUGUUCUCCUGAAACCAACCUAGACAACGGACACAGAAAGGGAUCAGUGGCGUCCUGUAAACUGAAAAUAACUAAAGGUUUUAUACUGUAAGUAGUCUUAAAGAAAUGUAAUGAAUAUAGAUUAUAUUGAAAAAUAAUUGUCUUUCUCAUGUUUUACCCUAUUUAACUAUAAUUCUUGUAUACCUGACCUUUCUGCUGACCAUUCUCUAAAGAAAGAAAUCAACUCGAAGAAACAGGAAACCUAUUUAGAAGGCAAUACCAAUGACCAAAUUCACAUUAUUGUUUGCCCUAUUUUCCAUAUUGGCUUUCUGUUUUGUUUUUAUGCCUAGAGGAUAAAUAAAGAGGAAGUGGUCGGCAGAAAUGUAAAAUAGGUAAAAUCCUGCUCAAAUGCCAGAGUGAUCCCAAAAACUGUGUGUAGGAGUAAGUUAUUGUUUGCACAUCUUGUUUUUGCCAGCAUAUAAAAGUGUGAGACACCACACGUAAACUAACAGCCUGUUGACCGUAAGAGAAAAGGUGCUGUUCCAUAUUGUAACCUCCAGCGGAGGCGUGUAAUACUGUACAGGACUGUACUGUAUGUAUAUAGAUGAAGGCAUGUAGAAACACGGAUCUGUAUGCAACCUGCACUACUCAAGCUGCUUCUGGAUAUUUCCAGUCCUGUUUAACUUAUGAAAUGUUGCAUAAAUAUUAUUUAUACAUUAUGUAAUGUAAACAUAGAGACAAGUGAGAGAGGGGA